UGCAUCUCUCAAUAGCUCUACAGUGUGAUAGAAGUGUUUGUUUGUUUACAAAAGUAACAAAUUUGGUGGAAAUUAUAUUUUGAAUUUAAUCUGAUUACCGAUUUCUGGCAUUUUCCCAAAACAAAACCGAGAAAAAUAAUGGCCAAAACUGAGUUGAAAUUUGGACCCGAUUGGUUACGGGCAUUGACCGAUGGAGCCGGCAGUAAUAAUAGUGGUGGUGGUGGAACUGGCAGUGUUACUAGCAGCGGUGGUGGCACAAAAUCCACCUCUUCCGGAUCGAAUAAUUCAAGUUCAUCAUCAUCAUCCAAUUCGCUGAGCACAACCAAUACCACAUUCAAAUCGAAAAUGUUCAAUACAAAAUCAAUUACAAAACAUCAUUCGCAUUCGCAUCAUCAAAAUGAUGUAAAAUACCGUUAUACAAAGGAGGAAAUGUUAUCAUUAUAUCAACAAUCUUCAUCAUCAUUAGCAUUACCAAAAGACUUGAUACAACAUGAUGAAGUUUACAUCGAAGAUUGUCAAUAUCCAUUAGCAUUGAUCGAAUUGACUAAUGAUGAAAUAGAUCUAAUGUCACAGAAUAUUAAUCCGGAUUUUGUCGUGAAAAAAUCCAAUGAUCAAUCAUCAUCAUCAAAUCUGAAUAAUAAUUCGAAUAAUCAACAAAAUCAUUCUGGCCCAACAACCGUAUUGUCCAAUAACAAUCAACAACAUCAUGGUUCAUCAUAUAAAGAUCGUAUUUCGAAAUUAUCCUCGUCAGAUUUACUUCGAUCACCAAGUGGUGGUGGUGCAACAAAACUUGUUUCAUCAUCAUCGUCGCCAUUGUCAUCGAAUGGAUUUAUAGCCGAACGCAAUAAUACAAACAAUACCAAUUCUUAUUCGAUACGCGGUAGCGGUGGUUCAUCAAGAGGUUCAUCACUCAAUAAUAACCGUAUCGGUGGACGUAGUGGGGGCGGUAAUAUCGCAUUCACCAGAUUAUCGUCGAUGGAUUCCUCAACAUCAGACAAUAAUAAUAAUAACAAUAAUACAUCAACUUCUGCCAGUAGUGCUAUACGCUCGAUUGGAGCUAUUUAUGCUGGAUCGAAAAAAUAUUUGGAGUUAGCAGCUUCUGGUGGUCAACAACAUGAUGAUAACGAUAAUAAUAAUGCUUCUAGUAAAACUAACUCAGGAUCGUCAUCAUUAGAUUCUUCAUCCGCAGAUAAUAAUUCGGCCAGUGGUGGUAUUCGAUCGAUUUAUUCGGGAUCGAAAAAAUAUCUGGAAUUGGCAACUGCCGGGGUACAUCAUCGUGAUGAUAAUGAAACAACAACUGUGGCUAAAGCAAAUUCGAAUUCUUCAUCAAAUAGUUCAUCAUCGGCAUCGUUGUUUAUGCCAUCAUGGCGUUCGUCAACUUCAACUUCGACGACAAAUAAAAAUGAAUCGGCAACGAAUCCUGAUUGCUCUUCGGUUAAAGAAGCUGGAUCAUCAUCAUCAUGGAAAACAAAUAGUUGGCGCACUAAUGAUAAUAAUAAUGCUAGUGGUUCACGUAAUUCAGUGUCUAUAAGGCUAAAGGAUUUUUUCGGUGAUCCAAUCCUGGAUGAUCAUCAUGAUAAUAGCAUUAGCAGUCGUAUUGGCGCAAUUGGCAAACAAUCAGCGGUUAACAAUUCAAAAUCUGGAAAAUCGUUUCAAAAACGUUCAUCAUUCACAACAUCAUCGUCGUCGUCAUCUGAACGUCAUUUAUCAUCGUUUCCAUCUAAUAUUGAUGGUUCAGCAUUAGAUGCAGAAAGAGAUUUAUUUGGUGGUCGUUCACAAUCAUCAUCCACAUCAUCGUCAACAACGGCAACAUCGAAAGGAUUGACAUCGCGUGAUCGUUAUCGUGGCGGUGGUGGUAGUAGUGAUCAUCGUGGUGGUGGUGGCGAUGAAACAAAGACGACGGAAAAUUCUAAAUUUUCUCAUCAUUCGUCGUCAUCAUCAUCAACGAAAGGUUACUAUGGUCGUUCAUAUGAUCGUUUCAAUUCAAGAACACGGGGUGGAGGUAGUGGUGGUGGCAAUGAUGGCAACCAUCAUCAUAAUCAUCACCAUAAUCAUCAUUCGAAUAAUGAUUCGGAUUUUUUCUCUGAUCGUUUCGCUGGUACAAAUCGUUCGAAUAAUUCUGGCUCAAAUCAUCAUCAACAUCAUCAUCAUUCACAAAAUGACAAUGAUGAUGGUGGGGAUUCCUAUCGACGUAAAGAUUCACUACCCGAAUGGAGUUUAGAAGAUCCUAGUUGUAUUGAUGUGACACGUGUUGGUACAUUCGAUGCAACCGGUGCAUUUCAUGAAGCAUUUGAUGAUGAUCUUAUGACACCAUUAGAACCGGAUGGUGUCGAUAAUGACAAUGAGGAUGAUGGUGCUGCUAACAAUAAUGAUAAUGUUAAUGAUGAUAAAGAUGAGCAAGACUUUUUCGGUCGAAAAAUUUCGAAAUCGAAAAAAGAUUUGCACAUUGAUAAAAAUUCAACAACAGCAAGUGAAAAAUCAACGGAGAGCAGCAAAGCCAAUAAUGAUGAUAAAGCAUCGGAAAUUCUUUCAUCAACAACGAAAACAACAAAUUCGAAACCGAAACCUAUUGAUUAUUUCAAUGAUCCAUCAUUAAGUCCAAAUUAUCAUACAAGACUGGAACAAAAGUCAAACGAUAAAACAGUAUCGACGAUGAACAAUGAUGUGGAGGAAGAUAAAACCAAAUCAAUGGAUGGUAAUAACACCAAUAGUAAUGAUCUAAUUUCAAUGAUGACCAAACAACAUAGUAAUAAUUUAUCAAAUGAUGGCGAUCGGUUGGAAUCCAAUUCUCUAUUCAAUCCUAAUCAAACAUCAUCAACAUCGACAUCAUCAUCAUUGGCAAAUAAUUCUACCUUUCCGUUUGUUACAAACGUUGCAUCCAUGUUGGAACAACAACAACAGCCGCCUAUUAAUAUUGGACAAGUAUUGAAUGCACGGAACGCCAUUUCCAAUCUAUUGGAAUCGUCAUCAUCAACAGCCGAUAAUAUAUUGUCUGGUUCGCCAACAACGUUUAAAUCAACCAUGCAAACCAAUAAUAAUAAUGAACGAAAUUCCUCAUUAUUCAUUGCAGAUGAUGACAAUCUAUUGUUGAAUGAUUCAUUGAAGUUUUCAUCAUUAUUGAAUGAUUUCAAUUUUGAUUUUGUCAAUUCAACAACCAGUAAUAACAAUUCCAAAACAGCUACUACUUCGGCUGCCACCAACGAUUCAUCUACAGCGGAUCAUCAGCUAUUCAUGCGAUUAACAUCACAACAACAACAACCGACGCCGCCUGUUGCAUUCAAUAAUCAAAAUAUUGGCCAUCAUAUUGGUGGCAAUAACAAUCUGUUGGAUAGUGAUAAUGGACAACAACAACGUUAUAAUCUUUUAACAUCGAAACCAAAAGAAUUGUUGGAUGAUCAUCAACAUCAAACACCAUCAUUAUCUUCUAAUCAUCAUACAAUGAUUAUAAAAUGGUUUUAUUGUGAUCCACAAGGACAAACACAGGGUCCGUUUACAAGUCAAGAAAUGUUUGAAUGGUAUAAUGGUGGCUACUUUAAUCCUGAUUUAUUAGUCAAACGGUCAACCGAUAAUAAAUUCACUAAAUUAGGCGAAUUGAUACAGGCAUUAGGUGGACGUUGUCCAUUCAAUUUGAUACCACCAUCAACAACGACAACUUCGUCUUCUGUUGCACCACAACAGCAAACAUCUAUUGGUCGAAUUGCUUUGGCGCAGCAACAACAACAAGCGCCACCUCCUGUACAAUCCAUUCAACAACAGCCACCUUCAUCAUCUAUUCAACAUCCGAAUUUCCCAUUACGAACAACCAACAAUAACGAGGCAUUAUUAUCUGCCACAGCGACGACCGGCAGCGGUGGUGUUGGUGGUCAUCAUCGUGGACCACCAUUAAUGACCGCCGCUCAGCCAUCAUCAUCAUCAUCAACUUCGACUGCAGGAGCAGCAGCACCCUUUCAAUUUGAUGAAAACCUAAUGAAUUCACUGAAUUUAUUUCAAAAUUUGUCGAAGAAUAUCGACACUAAUCAAUUGAUGAAUGAUGAUCAAUUAUUAGGUGCUGAUCAUCUCAUUGAACAAUUAAUUCAACAACAACGAAAUCAACAACAACUGCAUGCAGCAGCAAUUCCUCAGCAACAAAUACCGCCACCGAAUCAUCUUCAUCCUCCUCAUCAUCACCAUCAUCAACAACAGCAGCAGCAGCAUUCAUCAUCGGCAUCAACAUUAUCGGAUAAUAAUCAGAUGAGGUUAUUAUUAAAUCAUUUAAUACGACAACCACCGAAUCAACCGCAACAUUAUUCAACCACCAAAGAUGAAUUUCUUGCAUUGAAUACUCAUCAACAAAGGGAACAAUAUUUAUUGGAUCGAUUUGAACAAUUUAAUCUUGCUGCAGCAGCUUCGAAUGCUUCGAAUGCUAGUAAUAAUAAUAAUCUUAAUAGUUCUAUGAUCAAAGAUCAAUUACAAGUAUUGAAUGAGCAACAGCAACAACAACAAUUUCUUCCAUCGCAUCAUCAACAACAACAACCACCACCACCAUUAUAUCAUCAACAACAUAUUGAUGAUGAUCAAUUAAGUACUGCCAGUAGUUCAGGUGGUAUUAUUGGAACAGGACGUUCUAUAAUGACCGCCAAAAAAUUAUCAUUGGAUGAAACAUCAUCAUCGACAAUGACAACAGCUAUUGCGGCAGCGGCUAGACCACAACCAAUAGCGCAGCCACAGCCACAACAACUUUUACAACGUGCACAAUCCUAUGAGCCUGUUAAUUUUAUUCAACAACCCGCACAACAACAAUCCAUUGCCAAUCAUCCUCCGUAUGGAUCAGAUUCUGUUGUGACGCAUGGUGGUCAUGGUCCACAAUUAGCAUUAUCGCAAUCAGUGGAUGAUCCAUUACAAAUGUUGACGAAAUAUGUUGGUGGUAAUGAGAAUUUUGUCCCGGGUGCACUGUCCGUUACGGAUGUUGAAGAUUUACAACGUCGUGAAGCUGAAGAACGUUAUCAUCAUGAACAAGAACAAAAAAGACAUCAACAAGAUGAUCAAUAUCAGAUGACCAAUAACGAUUCUGCUGGUGCCAAUGAAAUGGAAUUUAUUGAAGUUCAACGAAAUAAACACCGCAAUCAACAGAAGCAUCAGCCUAAUCAAAAAGUGCAGAAAACUAUAAAUAAACAAUUGGAACAAUCACAGUCUUCACCUCAGCCUCCCAUCAAAACUCCACCUCCACAACCAGCUGCAGUUAUCCUACCACAAAUGCCACAAUUGCCUAAAAAAGCUGUUUGGGGAAGUCAAAGUGUUGAUAAUGUUGAGCAACAACAACAACCGUUGCAACCACAGUUAAGUAUAGCCGAAAUUCAGCGACUCCAAGAGGAAAAAGAAGAAGAAGAAAGACGUUUACGUCAAGAACAACAGAUUCAAAUGAAUGCAGCAGCCAUUCUUGCUCAACAACAACAACGAUCAAUGAAAUGGGCUACACAACCAUGGCAAGAACAGCAACAACAGAUCAAAACGUUGGCCGAAAUUCAAGCGGAAGAGGCAGAAAAACAGGCUAUCCUAUUGCGUCAACAGCAACAACAGCAGCAAGAAGCAAUGGAAUCGGCAAUUCGUCGUCCACAUUCACAAGCUGUACUAACACCAUUAUCUGUUAUUGUCGCUAAAGGUUCGUCCAAUCAAUCAAUACCACCAACAUCAACACAACAAACGGAUACUUGGGUUAAACCAAUACCAAAACCGGUGGUACGCUCCACGGGUGGCGCCUGGGAUACCGGAAUUGUGGCUGAUGAUGAAUCACAAAAUCAUCAGUCACAGAUUUCUUCACAACAAAUCAACUAUAAAGCUGCCGUGGCAGCCGGACAAAAACCCAAGAUUGAUAGUUCGACCAUACGACAAGUGCUCAAAACAAUUCCCAAAGUCAAGAAUUCCGCACCAAUGAUGUCCGUCCGUAAUGAAAUUGACAACCCUGAAGAGUUGUAUCGUUUAUCAGUAGAAAUGUUGAACAACCAUUUCGAUAAUAUUGAUGCUGUUGGUUUUCUUAACAUUCUCAAAGAUCUUGGGUCACCAGCCGAAGUUUCUGAAUAUGGUCAAUCAUAUUUGGGUGGUAGUCCAACUGCCAAAUCAUUUGUUAAAUUUUUCAUCACACGUAAAGCCUAUUUGUUUAAAUUGAAGCAACAACAAGACCAAGAGCGAAAUAAACAACCACAAACAACGACAAAGAAAGUAUCCAACUGGAGCAAUACGCAGGAACAUGAACAAGAACGAGUGAUUAAUUAUAAAUCGGCAUUAUCGAUCAGUAAUAGUAAUAAUAAUAAUAAUAAGACGCCAGGCAAAUCACCAGGUCAAUCAUCCAAUAAUGGUAACAAUCAUUCAAGUGCACAUAUCAAGCCAGCUACAUUGAAACCACAGAUUGCCAAUAAUCUUAAUAAUAAAUCCGCAAACAAAGCAAAUGAUGAUAUCAAUCUUAUGACCGUGCAGGUUGAAUCGAUGGAGGAAUUCGAUAAAUGGUGUCUCGAUGUUCUUAGACAAAAUUUCGAGCUCACUAUUGAUGCUGAAACAUUCGUUGGUUUUCUCAAGGACAUUGCAUCACCCGAUGAAAUCAAUGAUUAUGUACAAACAUAUCUGGGCAGUAAUAAAAUUUCCCGUGAUUUUGCCAAAAAUUUUAUUACCAAACGGAGCUAUCUUCGUAAUAAAGCCCGCCAAAUUGAACCAUAUGAGGACAUGUGUGGUCCAGCGCCAGCCUUAACACCCGGUGGAGCGGAUAAUAAUGGUUUCGUAACAGUAUCAAGUUCGAAUAAAAAGAAACGAAGCAAAAAUAAACAAUCAUCUACUUCAUAAUUCAAAUGUGAUUUAAUUGUAUAUUUUUUCAAACAACAAAUAA